UUUUUUAAAAAAUGAAUAAAAAUAUUAACAGACCUUCUUCUCGUUCAACUAGCCGCUGUUCUCGUGGACAACAGAAAAAAUCAGAAAAAAAGCAAAAACAACAACACAAUCAAUUAAAAAUAAAUAAAAGCAACCAAUUAAAUUUUUGGAUUCCAACAAGUGAAAAAAUUGUAAGGAAAGCUUAUAGUAGUGGUGGUGGUGGAUUUGUUGAUAAUGAAGAAAAUACAAAAGAAGAAAAGGAGUAA